GUCGACGUUAAUGCAUUCGCUUUCCAGCAACCAAUCAAAUUCCAAUCAAGUAAGGGAUUUGUCCCUCCCUCUCUGAAAUGUCUCGCUGUGGCCAUUUUACACUUGCUUGCCUGAAAAUAAAACACACCAUUUACCUGGGCUUCAACGUGAUAUUUACAGAACAAUUGUAGGUUACAUGAGAUACCGAAGAACGACUCACUAGGGGCAGAGUAAGUGGAUCAGCAUGGACUAUGAGAGGAGCAGGGGUGGGCGAGGUGAUCGCCUGGGUCGCUAUGGUGGCACUCACAAUGAUCACAAUUUCCGGGACAUGGACUAUCGUGGCUAUGGCCAAGAGGAUGAAGAGACAGGCACGGGAUUUGAUGUCAGAGUGGAGGGUGAUAGACAGUAUGGCAAUGAUGAGCAGUCACUGGGUAUCCAUGACUUCUCACCAGGUUGUCUGCAGGAGCAUCCGGGGUUUCAUCAGAGAGUAGAUGGUAGAGGAGAAGUAGGGCAUGAGGGGAAAGGGCUACUGUGGUCCCCUCACACCUCACAGCCUGAUCUAGCCCAUCCUAUACUCCAGCGAGAGGAGGAGGGAUCCAGGCAGGAAUUUGAGCAGUUACGGCCUGGCCUGCAGGAAAGGGGACGGGGGAAAGGGGGAACAGGCUUUCCAGAGAACAGUGGCCCACAUUCAGGAAGUAGGGAAAGCAGCUGGGCUCGUGGUGGUUCCCAUUCCGAGCAGAUGGAAUUCGGUACGGGCAGGCAGAGAGAGGAUGACAGGUUUUCUCGUCCUGGAGCAGGAAAGAGAAGGACAUUUCCAGUGAGAAUGGAGGAGCAUGCUGGCCCAGACCUGUCCCACAAAGAGUUGGAUCAGAGAGACCAGGAUUACCGUGCAGAGCUAGACCAUAAUCAGCGGCCCAGCAACAUCAUAAUGCUUCGUAUGUUGCCACCCAGUGCCACUGCCAAUGAGAUUCGUGCACAACUUCAAGAGCAGGGGAUCCAGCCGAGAGAGGUUCGUCUGAUGAGGAAUAAAUCUUCAGGUCAGAGCCGAGGAUUCGCCUUCGUCGAGUUUAAUCUCAUACAGGAGGCCACCCGCUGGAUGGAGACCAACCAGGGAGUGCUGUCGAUUCUAGGGCAGAGAGUGUCGAUGCACUACAGCGACCCCAAACCACGUGCCAAUGAGGACUGGCUCUGCAACAAGUGUGGUGUACAAAACUUCAAAAGGAGAGAAAAGUGCUUUAAAUGCAACGUUCCUAAAUCGGAGGCUGAGCUGAAGUUGCCCCAGGUACAGAAGGACUUGCCUAUUGGUCUUCAGAAGGAGGGAGCCCAAGGUUUGUUGCCCUUGCCAGCACCUUACCACUCUUCUGGUCCUCCUGUCACACCAGGCCAAGCUCCACAACAGGCAGAUGUUGCUAAUGACACUUUGAUACUAAGGAACCUUGGCCCACAUACAUCAGUAGAAGCCAUUUUGUCUGCUUUGGCUCCGUUUGCUACCCUCUCCCCUUCCAACGUUCGCCUAAUCAAGGACAAACACACACACCUCAACAGGGGCUUUGCCUUUCUACAACUAUCUACCAUAGUGGAGGCAUCUCAGUUGCUCCAGAUUUUGCAGGCUCUCCAGCCACCUCUAUCUAUUGAUGGGAAGGUCAUUGUAGUGGAAUUUGCCAAAGGCUCCAAACGGGAUGUAUUUGUAACGGAUGGUAGCAGAGUGAGUGCUGCUACAGUGGCCAGCACAGCUAUUGCUGCUGCACAGUGGGCUGUCACUCAGACCACUCAAAAUGGACCAGGUGGAGGCCAGAGUGUUGAUACAAGUGUGUAUCAGCAGGGGGCAGCAGUAACAUACAGUCAGGAAGGGCUUGAGUAUGCAGGGCAAGAUGGCACAACUUUCAAGCCCCAAGCAGAUAACAGGGUUGCUGCUUUGACAAGUGGAGUAGCUUCCCUGAAUGGAGCCUACGCAGGAGGAGCAGCCCCAGCUAUCAUUUCAUCUGAAACAGCCAAACCUGCAUCAGUGGUUGUGCAGCAGCCGCUCAUUCAUACACAGACUCCUCUAAUCACCACAGCUGCCACCACACCGGGGACACAGGUUGAAAUAGUGGGAAAACCACAACCAGCUGGACCCAGCCAGCCUGCAAUCCCAGGGACUGAACAUGAGCUCCAGCAGUAUCCUGUGCCAGAUGUCUCCACAUACCACUAUGACGAAAGCUCUGGCUACUAUUAUGACCCAUUCACAGGUCUCUACUAUGACCCAAAUUCACAGUACUACUACAACUCUCACACUCAGCAGUACAUGUACUGGGAUGGAGAGAAACAUACUUACAUUCCUGCUGCCAGUCAGUCAAACACAGAAGGUGCUCCUCCAAGUGAUGGUGCAGCUCCUACGGAAUCACCGUUUGCUACCUCUGGCAGCAAGGAGAAAAAAGACAAACCCAAGAAUAAAACAGCUCAACAGAUUGCCAAAGAUAUGGAGCGUUGGGCUAAAAGUCUCAAUAGACAAAAGGAGAACAUGCGUUCUGUCUCUUCAUCCCCUGCCACCGGCUCAACAGCACCUCCUGGUUAUACUCGGGCACCUGGACACAGUCGCCUAGAUGAUCAUAGAGAGUCUGCGAGUGCUGAUGCAGGCUAUGCUGUUCUAGAGAAAAAGGGGGCACUGUCUGAACGGCCUCAGAUUUUUCUGGAUCAGAUCCGCCAAAGUGCAGAGUCGCCUCCUCGGCAGCAGGGUCUGGUCCCAGCCUACAGUGGAGAAACUGACAGUGAAGAAGAAGGAGGCGAGAAGGAUGAAAAGGAUGGAAGAUUGACAGACUGGGUUAAACUGGCCUGUCUGCUGUGUAGGAGGCAGUUCCCAAGCAAGGAGGCCCUCAUCAGGCACCAGCAGCUUUCUGAGCUACAUAAGCAAAACCUGGAGCAGAGAAGAGCCCAGCAGGAAGCUGCAAGCAAAGAGAGACUCACAGGUGGACUUGACGGUCCUGAACUUAAGAAGAGGAAGUUUAACCCCAUGUAAGGAAGCAGCAGUGAUGCCACUAACUAGACGCUUGAUGGGAUCACAGACACUAGUCUCGGUGCAAGAAUGCUGCAGGGAGGUGUGAAAAGAGGACUUCUGUUGCGCAAUAUGCAAGUGGAGUGACCAUUAAUCUUCCUGACCCAGAAAGGACAAAGACAAAGCCCAGCACGCAACACUUCACCAUUAACAUCAUAUAGAUAAAUAUAUUUAAAAAAAAUUUAUUUUGAUUUGACAUUAGUUACCUCAACAAUGGCAGUGCUCAGUGGUAAUAAUCUUAUGAACUGAUCCUGUAGCAGUAGAUGUCAGGAUAUUGCACAGAUUGCACCUUUUUGCUUGCUUCCUGAAUGAUGCAGUUUUGAGUUCUCACUUGCUUCAGAGGCUGUGUGUGAUAAAGAAGUUUUGUGGACGGGAAAACAUUUGCUGUCUUUAUGUCAGCAAAUUGGGAUUUUUAAUAUUACUGUCUAUGCACCAUAGAUUUUUUUUUUUUAAUUAAUGCUAUAUGCCUUGUCAUUCAGUGAAUGACUAAUCUGGGCAUGAACUGUGUACAUUUUAAAAAGAGCAUUUUUAUACAACAGUGAAAGCUAACAGACUCUGGCCUCAUGAAGUGGACAGGAUCAUGCUAACACUAGUGUAUAGGGUUAAAGUGUCUCAGUUUAUCAUAUAGCAGGUAUAGAUUCACAUUGUAAAAGCUAACUUUUCAGAAAAGUAUUUUUUAUUUCUAUAUUUGUUCAGUAAUGUGACCGUGUUUCAUCAAGCUCAUGUAAAUGAAUUCAAAAUAAUACAUUUUCACCAA